AAAGUAAUUGCAAUGUGUGCAGAAUUUUGGCAUAAUUUGUACACGUUUAUUACUGUCGCACUUUUGGGAGUGUUGUAUUACAUUUUAUUCGUUCCUGUUACUUGGAAAGAUAAUGACGCAAAUGAUAAAAAGUCAGCUAUAAAUCGUGCACGAAGACUUCGUAAAAUUGGAACAAAAUUAUUGCCACCUUUUCCAAAUGGCUGGUAUAAAUUAGCUACCUCAAAAGAAAUAAAACCUGGAACAGCUAAGCAUAUAGCUUGUAUUGGUGAAAAUUUUGUUGUAUUUCGCUCAACAGAUUCUAAGAAAACCUUUGUUCUGGAUGCUUACUGCCCCCACAUGGGCGCUAAUUUAGGAGUUGGAGGAAUAGUUAAGGGAGACUGCAUAGAAUGUCCUUUUCAUCAGUGGAAGUUUGACGGAGAAAGUGGAUCAUUAGUGAAUAUUCCAUACAGUGAGAGUUUAUCAGAAGUUGAAAAGUUUGCAAAAAUACGGAAAUGGACUUCAAAAGAAGUCAAUGGAUUAGUUUUUGUCUGGUAUCACAGAGAAAAUGAGGAACCUUGGGAGAUUCCCGUUAUUGAUGAAGUUGAUAAUGGCAGAUUUGUUUGUCAUGGGUGGAAUGAGUUUCGAGUGCAUUCACAUAUCCAAGAUAUUCCUGAAAAUGGUGCUGAUAUAGCUCAUCUUGCAACGGUUCAUGGAUCAAAUAUAUUGGGAGGAGCAGAUAUUAACAAUAUGAGAAACAGCUGGUUCUCAUUUGGAUCUCACAUUUGGAAUGCAAAAUGGAGUUCAAACACUUACUUUAAGCAUAUGGCAACAGUAAAAUUGACACAUAUCUAUAAACUCUUAUCAUUCAAAUUGAUUGAAAUUGAUGCUGAUAUAGAUCAAAUCGGUCCUGGAUAUGUCACAUUAGUACUGAAAUUAAUAUUUGGAAAAAUUAUCAUCCUACAGACUUUAACACCAUUAGAGCCGUUAGUUCAAAAUUUAUCUCAUUAUUUCUAUGCUCCAUGGUAUCUUGGGUGGUUAGCUAAAUUCAUAAUGUACGGUGAAACAAUUAAUGUAGCACGAGAUGUCAUGAUAUGGAAUUCAAAAGAAUUUGUGAGGAAUCCUUUACUUCCAAAAGAAGAGAAGCCUUUGAAGAUGUUUAGAAGCUGGUACUCGCAAUUUUAUUCUGAGAACAGCAAAACUUUUGCUCAAGCUCAUGAGACUCUAGAAUGGUAGAUGAUUUAUUAAGAUAUAAUUUACAAAAGAUAUUUUUAAUCAUAAUAACAAAAGGUGUAGACACUUGAAGAUUUUUUUGUAACAAAAAUUGGAUAAAACACUAGCACUUUCUUGACUUAUUCUGUCA